AUGCAGGGUGGCAGCAGAUGCAGAAGUAUUUUCCACUAUACGACCCCGUGGACGAUAUGCCACCUGGCUGGCUUCGACUCACCCAACCUGGGACGAUUGAACUUCAGGGCCUCCUGGACUCUGAGCAGCGGAGGAGAGAUCUGGAGGUCAGUCUGGCUUGGGUCCAAAGUGCCCUGCAGAAACAGAGGCUCAGACUGCUCUAGAGAAUGGGCCCAGGGAGCCAACAUGCACUACCGAAGGUAAUAGAUGUAGCUGCUGCUGCCACCUGUUCUGUAGUGUAGGCUGUGGCCCUCAUAAUAAUAAUAUAAUAUGCCAUUUAGCAGACGCUUUUAUCCAAAGCGACUUACAGUCAUGCAUGCAUACAUUUUUUUUUUUGUGUACAGAUACAUGACCACAGAUAGAUGAAUGGACUGGGUAGGUUUCCAGGUCACUAUGACACAUGCCACAUUCCAUUAUGUUUUUGUACCAUUUCGUAUCGGGGAUUCUAAAGGAAGGGAAUUUAGGCUAAUGACACAUCUGAAUAAAUACCUAGCUGAGUGGAUUUCCUUUCUCACAUUGUCACUGUGCUAACUUGUGCCACGGUUUGACCCAUAUUUGUUAAUUGCCUCCCCCACAGACACUUUUUUUGAAUCUUCGGCAGAUCAAACGACCAGUAAACCUCCAUCCAAGUGUUAUCAGGGAACAUCUAUAUCCCACCAUAUAGUGACCUUUUACACAAGGUAAUGAAUAACUAUGGCGCUUGUUGAUCAGUGCAGUGGAUCGUUUUUGGGCUUUCUCUUUUUGUAUGUUGCUCAGGACUUUUCUGUCUCAUGUCCUCAGAGUGGGUAAGCUAGAGUUGGACUUGGAGACCAUUAGCGCCCAACUGGACCAGGUUUUCUGUUCUGGGGGAAAGUGUCUCCACAGGAAUGGACCUUCAGCCCAUAAGGACAGCUUGACUCCUGUAAGCCCUAAAUAAGCAGAGGAAACUAGCCUCCCAUUGGCAGAAUGAAAGCUGCCACUGAAAUGAGAUGUCUUUCAUUUUGGUCUGUCAAUCAGGAGAAUUGGGUCGGUACCGUUCGCCCACAGUGCCAGAGGGAGGACCAUAAUAUGACCUCCCAGCUUCUUGCUCAAGCAGUGGACAAAGGUAAACUUCUGAAAGUAAAUCUGUAUGUCAUCCUUUUGUUCACUAAUAACAUGACCAAACUGACACCCCUGACACUGACCAUGUAAACACCAUGAGAAAAAAAUUAUGGAUGGCUGAUUUGGCUGUGUUUGGGCCAUAACCCAAGAAACUGUUGGUGUUUUCAGGAGCUAGACAACCUUGAGCGUCUGCUGGAGGAGUCUAGGGCCCAGCAGGGGCUGAUGGAGCAAGGAAGGGAUGCCUCAGAGGCCUAGAUAGCAGCCCUCCACUCCCAGCUAUACCAGGCACGCUUCAGCCUCCAGGAGACCCACAGAGAGACACUGGCCACACAGAUAGAGCUACAUGGCAGCAAGCAGGUAGAGACAUGGAAGACCAGACCAACUAAACUGGUACAGGGAUUCACACCCAAAAUGGAUGCAGUUCCUUCUACACUUCGUCCUUGUACAGAAGCAUGUAAUCUUGCAGAGCCAGACAUCUCGGUAGUAUCUAACCCAGGCCUCAAGCCACACAACAGUUCUCAAGCCACACAACAGUUCUCUCUAUCAUAAUAAUGCCACAGUAAGAACAUUCACUAUUUUGUGUAACACCACUUUGUUGGCUGAUGAUCUGCAGAUCAAUUAGUCCCUGUUACAGGAGGUGGCAUCUCAGACAGAGGCUGAGGUCUGCAGAGGUGCGGGCCUCCCUGAUGGAGAGUGACAGACGCCUGCUCAGGGCUCUCCUAGCAGCACUGGAGACUGAGCGGGAGGAGCUGCUUCAACAAGGACACCCCUCAGCCCUUGGGUAAGGAACCCCCGCCUCUAAUAUCGGUGCACUUGGAGAUCUGAAAGAAUCAGAUGGAUAUAAUCAAUAUGGUUCUACUUUGCUAUCUGAUGGAAUGUUCUCCAUAUUGCUGCCUUACACUUAUCCAACCCUUAUGGUCUUCAUACGUGCAAAGAGAGUAUGGGUGGAUUUGGGAUGGAAUCAGUAUCUCUACCUUUAUCUUGAGGUCAUGGGGAAUUUUCUUGUCUCAGUGUUUUAACUCUUGGCAUCGUCAGAGUGCUGCGAGCUCCAGAACACGGAGAAACAGUCAGACUUAUAACUGAUGAACCAGAAGCAGGGGUUUGUCAGUCCACAUCUGUUUGUCUCUUAGGAGCGCUUGGGAAACGGAUGUGCAAGUCUCUGGAAAGGAGGAGAGGGUGAGGGAGGAGAGUGCUGUGCAUGAGGUGGAGGAGCAAGAUGAGGAUGAGGAGAAGAGUGGAAGGGAAUAAUGUGUCUGUUAUUCAACUGCAGUCAAAGUUCAGUGAGGAAUUAAGACUUAAGAUCCAUGAGGUGACCCACUCUAAGCCUGGCCCACAGAAACAGAUAAAGGAAGAGAACCAGGUAACUGCCCAUUUGGGAGUACUUUCCUACAGCACCAUAUCACGUGGAGGCGGUCUAACGUGGCAGAGUGAUGUUUUCUUUGAAACAUACCUCUCCUCCAAACCCCACUUUCUUUUUUCCCAACAGACUCAGUUGAAUUCAUUUCACAUAUAAAAAUGUUAUAUAUUUUAACAUUGUAUUUACCUAGAAUAUUAUUAAGCUAUGGUAUUUAUUACACUUCCAGUACUUUAUGUUAAAAAUAUCCCUUUAUUAAAGUUGAAAAAGCAAAGAUUUCCCCUUCAUGCAACCUGAGAACCUUUUUUAAGCGAAGAUGCUACUUUUUGCAGUUUACUGUGCUACAUGCUUCACUAUCCAGUAUCUUGCCAACACAUGCUGAGUAGACAAGCUAUAGAAAUACCUAUGAGUUAUGGAUUGUGGAUUUUUGAGGAUUCACUGUCUUAGAAUACUACUGAUCAAAGAUAAUGCUGGACAGUCUGCCUCUGGUCUGUGAGGGGAAGGAGGGGAAUCUGGAGAGCCCAUUCUCUAACAGCUGUGCUCAAAUCUGGCAAUGUAUACAUUGUAACAACCUUACGUAACAGCAAACUUGUUACAGCCACAAAGCCCAUGACCAACGUCCAUUUAUUAAUGUAACACCCUGUUACACUGGUUGACAUAGAGUGUCAUUGUCUUAGUCUGAGGACUCUGACAUGUUCUUGUUUAUUGUUGAGGCUGGUGAGGAGUUUUGAUUUCUGGCUUAAACUAAUACUAAUCCCUCUCCGAGACUAUUUUCUUUGGCCCUGAGCUUGUGGUCCACGGUGCGCUGCCUUUUACUGCCCUGGUCCCUCAGGACACAUAAACAUGGAUUCAUGGGAUAUGCAGACUGGGAAGACAUGGUUGGAAUACUGCAGGGCUAGACACUUUUUCUCGCCGAUAUGAGAUUGUCAUUAUGAAGGGACCAAUCAGAGAACAGGGUUAUGACAAUGUCUUUAUGAAGGGAUCAAUCAGAAAGCAGGGCUAUGACAAUUUCAGUAUGAAGGAAGGAACCAAUCAGAGAGCAGGGUUAUGAUAAUGUCAUUAUGAAGGGACCAACCAGAGAGCUGGGUGAUAAUGAUGUCAUUAUGAAGGACUAAUCAGAGAGAAGGGUUAAGACAGAACUAAGUUUAGGAUGUAAAGAAAGCACUCCUAGACAGCAUUAUUUUUCAAAGACAAAGAUGUAAAGACAGUAAUAUCAUAAUGAUAAUAAUAUAUGCCAUUUAGCAGAUUACUUUAUCCAAAAUGACUUACAGUCAUGCGCGCAUACAUUUUAAGUAUGGGUGGUCCUGGGAAUCAAACCCACUAUCCUGAUGUUGCAAGCACCAUGCUCUACCAACUGAGCUACUUCAUACUUUCCUCUGGUCUUUUCACUUCCAAGUACACAAUGAAUGCUUACUCAGGAAUAGGUGUUACAUAAUGUUUUUAUAUUCAUACCAACCAACACUGGCACUUAUUCUUGGUGCAUACUGGACUAAUUUCCCCCUACAGUUUGGCUGUGCUUGCCCUCAUUUGAUUGGUUGUAACUGAGAGGUAUGUGCCCAAAACCAUGUACUUCUGGCUGAGUCUGGCUGAUGCAAUGUUGCAUGACUCCACACUGACACAGACCGCACAGACAAUCCUUCUUGAUUGAGGAGAGCUGGAAGCUUAACACUCACUUACACUCUCUCUUUAUUCUUCUGUCUUUCUCUCUGUUACAUUCUCUCUCUCUCGCUCUCUCGCUCUCAUUAUCAGGAAAUGGGAUAAUGACCCUGUCAUGAGGUUUUCCGUUGCCGUCAUCACAUUUCCCUGUGUUCUCAAUGUCUGCUUGUCCCUGUUGCUUUUUAAAGGCCUGCUAAUUUCAACGGAAAUAAAAACUGCAGACUUUGGCAAGUCAUCACAACGUCAAACUAGGUAUGUUUCAUGUUAACAUUGGCCCACAAUCGACGACUGAUAAGUACACUUCAGAUACUGUAAGUGCAAUCUCCGUUUUAGUGCAAUAAAGUUGCAUUUACCAGACGUUGACUGUAAUCCAAAAUAAUGAAUACUCAUACAAUGUUAAUGCAACCCAACCAUUCCAUGUACAGAACCUGCAGGAGCCCUAUUGAAAAUCUUCAUUUUGAUAACCCAAGAGUUACACCAGCAGGUAAGAAUGAUAACAAAUAGCAAUGUGGAGAUUGAAUAGACACACCUCCCUGUUCCACAUAAAAUGUAUUCCAUGCAUUCCAUUCUAUCUACUACAUAAUGAUGUACUUCCUUCGGCUUCGCCGGUGGAGAACAUCCUGGCAGUGAAGCACACUCUCUGAAAAAAAAGGUGCUAACUACAACCUAAAAGAGAUCUUCGGAUGUCCCCAUAGGAGAACCCUUUGUCACAGAGGGUUCUACAUGGAACACAAAAUAGUUAUAUCUGGCAUCAAAAAGGGUUCUACCUGGAACCCGAAAGGGUUAUCCUAUGGGGAGAGCCGAAGAACCCUUUUGGAACCCUUUUUUCUAAGAGUGUAGCCACAGAUGGUAGACUUGGUGCCCUUGGACCAGUAUUUGUCAUGAAGCUUUACUUUAUACAUUCCUUCCUCAUCUGUGUCCCUUAUUCUUCUACUGUCAAUGAUGUGUCAUCUCAGGACAGAGAGGAGAAGGGGCUGGUAUUCGUCGAUCGCUGGAAUCCAUGACAGCACGAGCCAAUGGUAGCUAGUCCAGUCUGUUCAUGGCAUCAUCAUAAUCCAAUUCUUGGUAUCACCUCACACCAAGUUGCCCAUAUAUCAUGUAAUAACUUGGAAAGGUAUUGACAAAACUGACAUAUUUCUGUCAGUUACAGUGUAAUUACAUGUAACUGUGCACUUUGAUGUAGCAAGACACCAUUUUCAUUGUAUAACAGCUGAGCGAGUGGCUAACCAUAGGAGUAGAUUAACUUGUUCCUUUCUGCAGAUGACAGCGCUGGUCAUAGAGCUGCAGGAGCUGAGAAGGGUCUGUAAAGAGACAUCAUCCACACGACCUGUCUCGCCCAAGGACCAGAGGGCCAGGGAGUGGCUAGAAAGAGCUGCUUUGAUUAAGGUAGGGCUGUCAACCCAAUCCUCCUGGUUUGGAUCCCAGAAGCUUCAUCUCUCAACAAGCAGUUAACUGAAUUGAAUCAAUGCAUUGAAUUAAUACAUGAAAUGUAAACAAUGUGGAGAGUGUUCUGUGUAGUAAUACUUUUGUUUGUUUAUGCUUCUACAGUUGGCAUGGCCAAUAUGUGCUACUAUACCAGUGGUUCCAGUUAUAUUGCCUAUGCCAAAACCCAUUAUUUAGUUUAAAAGUCUCUGUAUAGGACUGUGUGGGAGAGCUGGAGAGGAAUAGCGAGAGGCUGGAUGUCCCGGAGAGCCAGUGGAGUUCUUUGGGUGGUACCUCCAGGAUCAUUGGCAAAGGAAGA